AUGGUCUUAGAAAACGAGAAAGUCCACCCAGCAGACUGGGAAAAUCCUGGACGGGUCAAGAGUACGCUUUGCUAUGUAAAAAUUGGAUUACUCUUGAGACCCUUGGAAACCGUCGGACUGAAGCUACCCCCACCCACCGCAAAAGAUCAAAACUCAACUCCACUUCCUAAUAUCAACCACUUGCCAUACAAUUCACCAGCGGUAUCACAUGGAUUUCUAGCAAUGGCUGAAGCCGAGGCCCAAAAGCCCACCGAAUCAUCCGGCACCGCUAUCGAGGAUGCACCGGGUAGUAAGAAUAAGGGCACCAAAGGACCUGGCGAUACUACGAAAAAUUCCAAGGCUGCACCCAAGAAGAAGAAGGGAAAGAAAUGA